AAAGCCGGGCCGGUCUCGGUCGCCAACUCUGGCCAGCUCCCGCAGCCCGGCACCCGAAGGAACGGGUAGUGCAGCUACACUGAUCGAUCCCGCCCAGCCAUGGACCGGAAGGUGGCCCGAGAAUUCCGGCAUAAGGUAGAUUUUCUGAUUGAAAAUGACGCAGAGAAGGACUAUCUCUAUGAUGUGCUGCGGAUGUACCACCAGACCAUGGAUGUCACUGUGCUCGUUGGAGACCUAAAGCUGGUCAUUAAUGAGCCCAGCCGCCUGCCUCUGUUUGAUGCCAUCCGGCCACUGAUCCCGCUGAAGCACCAGGUGGAAUAUGACCAGCUGACCCCUCGGCGCUCCAGGAAGCUGAAGGAGGUGCGUCUGGACCGUCUGCACCCAGAAGGCCUUGGCCUCAGUGUGCGUGGUGGCCUCGAGUUUGGCUGUGGGCUUUUCAUCUCCCAUCUCAUCAAAGGAGGUCAGGCAGACAGCGUCGGGCUCCAGGUGGGGGACGAGAUUGUCCGGAUCAAUGGAUAUUCCAUCUCCUCCUGCACCCAUGAGGAGGUCAUCAAUCUCAUCCGAACCAAGAAGACUGUGUCCAUCAAAGUGAGACACAUCGGCCUGAUCCCUGUGAAGAGCUCUCCUGAGGAGCCCCUCAAGUGGCAGUAUGUGGAUCAGUUUGUGUCAGAAUCUGGGGGCAGUCGGGGCAGCCUGGGCUCCCCAGGGAGCCGGGCACACAAGGAGAAGAAGGUCUUCAUCAGCCUGGUGGGCUCACGGGGCCUUGGCUGCAGCAUUUCCAGUGGCCCCAUCCAGAAACCGGGCAUCUUCAUCAGCCACGUGAAGCCUGGCUCCCUGUCUGCAGAGGUGGGGCUGGAGACAGGAGACCAGAUUGUUGAAGUCAAUGGCAUCGACUUCUCUAACCUGGACCACAAGGAGGCUGUGAAUGUACUGAAGAGUAGCCGUAGCCUGACCAUCUCCAUCGUAGCUGGAGCUGGCCGGGAACUGUUCAUGACUGAUCGCGAGCGGCUGGCGGAGGCACGGCAGCGCGAGCUACAGCGGCAGGAACUCCUGAUGCAGAAGCGGCUGGCCAUGGAGUCCAACAAAAUCCUCCAGGAGCAGCAGGAGAUGGAGCGCCAGAGGAGAAAGGAAAUUGCCCAGAAGGCAGCAGAGGAAAAUGAGAGAUACCGGAAGGAGAUAGAACAGAUCACAGAAGAGGAAGAGAAGUUUAAGAAGCAAUGGGAAGAAGACUGGGGCUCAAAGGAACAACUCCUCUUGCCUAAAACCAUCAGUGCUGAGGUGCACCCAGUACCCCUUCGCAAGCCAAAGUCCUUUGGGUGGUUUUACCGGUAUGAUGGCAAAUUCCCAACCAUCCGGAAGAAAGGAAAAGAUAAGAAGAAAGCCAAGUAUGACAGCCUGCAGGAGUUGAGAAAGAAUAAGAAGGAACUGGAGUUUGAACAAAAGCUUUACAAAGAGAAAGAGGAGAUGCUGGAGAAGGAAAAGCAACUAAAGAUCAACCGACUGGCCCAGGAGGUGUCUGAGACAGAGCGGGAAGACCUUGAGGAAUCAGAAAAGAUUCAGUAUUGGGUGGAAAGGCUGUGUCAGACGCGCCUUGAGCAGAUUUCCUCUGCCGAUAAUGAGAUUUCAGAGAUGACCACAGGGCCCCCGCCUCCCCCGCCUUCUGUGUCUCCCCUGGCCCCACCUUUGAGACGCUUCGCAGGUGGACUGCACCUCCACACCACUGACCUCGAUGACAUCCCCUUGGACAUGUUCUACUAUCCCCCCAAGACCCCCUCUGCCUUACCCGUGAUGCCCCACCCUCCACCCUCCAACCCACCUUCGAAGGUCCCUGCACCCCCCGUGCUUCCCUCAUCAGGCCACAUGAGUGCCUCGUCCUCACCCUGGGUGCAGCGCACUGCACCUCCCAUUCCCAUCCCUCCCCCUCCAUCCAUUCCCACCCAAGACCUCACUCCUACCCGCCCACUGCCCUCGGCACUGGAAGAGGCACUGGGCAACCACCCCUUCCGCGCUGGGGACACAGGCACUCCAGUGGAGGAGUGGGAGGCAAAGAACUACAGUGGAAAGCCCACCAACUCCCCUACCCCUGAACGGAUCUUCCCACCCACCCCAAAGACAUUUUGCCCAAGCCCACAGCCUCCACGAGGCCCUGGCGUGUCCACCAUCUCCAAACCUGUCAUGGUCCACCAGGAGUCCAACUUUAUCUACAGGCCAGCUGUGAAAUCCGAGGUCCUGCCACAGGAAAUGUUGAAGAGGAUGGUGGUUUAUCAGACAACAUUCAGACAAGAUUUCCGGAAAUAUGAGGAAGGCUUCGACCCCUACUCCAUGUUCACCCCAGAGCAAAUCAUGGGGAAGGAUGUCCGGCUCUUGCGCAUCAAGAAGGAGGGAUCCUUAGACCUGGCCCUGGAAGGUGGUGUGGACUCCCCAAUCGGGAAGGUGGUCGUCUCGGCUGUGUAUGAGGGGGGAGCUGCUGAGCGACACGGUGGCAUCGUGAAAGGAGAUGAGAUCAUGGCGAUCAAUGGCAAGAUCGUGACAGACCACACCUUGGCUGAGGCAGAGGCCAGUCUGCAGAAGGCCUGGAAUCAGGGCGGGGACUGGAUCGACCUUGUUGUUGCCGUCUGUCCCCCCAAGGAGUACGACGAUGAGCUGACUUUCUUUUGAAAUCCAGAGAGAGAAACCAAAUUCAUCCCUAGAAGACAGUGAGUACUGGACUCACCCCCUGAACAUAAAGCCCAGCAACCAGUCUUGAGAGGGCAGCGGCAUGUACCAGAAGACAUUCCCAAACUUUUCACUAGCACCCAGGAACUCCAAAUCCCUUUGGCCUGGAACUAUAUCUGGACAAGAAACAUUCCCCUAAAAACCAACAUGGAGGGGAGGGAGUGUUCUGGAGGAGGCCUUAGGUUCUCCUUUCUCCCCCAGCUCUGGAACUGUAGCCUCCCAGCUCUGUGGAUGCCUCCCAUGAGCCCUAAUAGGACCCAACUCCUCAGUCUCUUCUCUCCACCAAUCUUCUCUCUCUUUCUGUAAUUGCUGCUAGGAUUGUUGCUGCAAAUCUUAUUCUGAGAUCAUUAAUAAAAUAAAUAGACUU